AUGCUCUCUCUUGUGCUCACAGCCGAGCUGGAAGGUGUUACUUCUCUUCGACCAAUUGACACCGAGGAGGACCCCUACUACUACACAUUCCGGGUAAAGUGCACAUCUUGCCACGAGAUCCAUGCCAACUGGGUGGGCUUCAACCGCUUCGAGCAACAUGAGAUCCCCGGUAGCCGGGGCGAGGCAAACUUUGUCUGGAAAUGCCGUUUCUGCACCAAAACCCAUUCUGCUUCCAUCAUCUCUGGUCCCAAUACCUACGAGCUCCAGGAGAAGAAGACCGGUCAGAAGAUUAUUGAGAUGGACUGCCGUGGUCUGGAGUUUAUCGAGUUCAAGCCCGCCGAGGGAAAAUGGGAAGCCAAGGGCGUUGAGUCACCCACCAAGUUCUCUGACAUUGAACUCGAUGAAGGCGAAUGGUAUGACUACGAUGAGAAGACCAGUGAGGAAGUCAGCAUCAAGGAUAUCACCUGGUCGGUUGGUCGGGCAUAA